AUGCAGCUUUUUGCCCGUGGAACGCCUGUCUUUCAGCAUGCCAAAGUUUGUGGCUAUGCAUCUCGAGUUGCAGGUAGCCUGAGAUUUGCUUGGCAGAGAGACAGCAAGUUGUGUGCUGUUGGUUGGCUCGUUUCCACUCGCCACAAUGCACAGGAUGCCUUUGCGCUGCCAAAGCAGGCUCCUACUCAUGUCCUACGUCGGAGAGAGGGCUUGGAAAUGUAUACACAUGCUGGCAAAAACUGGGGCAUAGUAACGAACGCCAAGGGAGAAGUUGAGCCAACAGACCUGGAAGUUGUGCCAACACUGGAGGAAAGAGAGCUUGUUUCCAAGCUCCGUGGCGAAGCCAACAAAGAGAAUGGGCAAUGGCAGCACGUUUUAUCUUCAUAUUCUGGAUCCAAUCCAGUAGUGCUGACUGCUGCGAUGCAUGCGGCACUGAAAAAGAGACACUAUGAAGAAGGCUUUCAGAUUUACAAGAAGCUCACCCACAUGACCCUACCAUCAUAUACGAUUGCAAUGAAACUCCUUGGCAAACUCGGCAAAGUUGAUGAAGUCGAACGACUCUGGACACAGCUGAUUGAACUGGACCUGGUUGGCCAACCUCAAGCUGGAGGGCGCAUCGAUGCAGCUGCAGACAAUGGAGACAUUCAAGCAGCGGGACGAGUUCUGGACUACAUGAAGGGAAAAGGUAUUGAAGCCAACGUGUUACAUUUUUCAUCUGCCAUCAAUGCUUGUGCAAAUGCUAAAGAUCAAAGUCGAGCCGAAGCAGCUCAAGGCUUUUUUGAUCAGAUGCUCGCCGCUGGCAUGAAGCCGAAUAUCGUCACAUACUGCAGCUUACUUCGUGCGUUCCAACAAGAACCAAGGCAACGCUUGCUGGACUUGCUGGUUCAUAUGAAAGACCAACAUGUGAAGCCAGACUCUGUCUUCGCAGAAUCCUUUCUCUUCAUCUUCUUGCGGCAACCGGGAAAAGGCGCUUGGACCACGGUGGACGUGAUUGCUUCGGAUCUGCGGAAGCGGCCUCUGGCGGACCUGCAGGUGGCCAAGGAGUUCAUCGAGGAGCUCAGGGACGAUGCACGUCCGCGCGUCCGCCUCACUCGCUCCUGCGAGGCCAUCGACGUGGCGCUGCGAAGGGUCCAGGAAGAAGCGCAGAGGUCGAGAGUGGUGAAGCCUGGCGAAAGGAAGUCGCGCGCCGCUGAUUGGUUUCGUUCGACAUCCUUCAGUGCGUUAGCCACGCAGGACAAUGCGCAUGUUCCCCUUGGGCAGCCGAAGCAGGUUCCUUUGAAUGUCGUACGUCGGAAAGAAGGCUGGGGCGUGUAUAGCCCUGCAGGGGCAAGAUUUAAUUUGGUAGUCAACACAACAGAGAACUUGGUACAUGAACCAACAGAAGAGGAAAAGCAGCUCGCGUCGCAGCUUAAAGCAGCAGGCAACAGAAAGAACAGACAAUGGCAAGCUGUGUUUUCCAAGUAUUCUGGGUCUAGUCCAUGGGUGCUCACUGCUGCAAUGCAAGCAGCUUUGAAGACGAAGGACUACGAGGAAGGCUUCCAAGUUUACAAAAGGGUCAGACACAUGACGCUGCCUACGUAUACCAUUUCAAUGAAGCUCCUGGGGAAGCUGGGGCAACUUGACGAAGUUGAAAGGCUUUGGGAUCAGUUGGUUCAGCAGAAUGCUGUUGGUCAAGAGCAGGCUGGAGGGCGCAUUGAUGCAGCGGCAGACAAUGGAGACAUUCAAGCGGCAGUACGAGUUCUUGACUACAUGAAGGGAAAGGGUAUUGAAGCCAAGGCGUUGCAUUUUGGCUCAGCCAUCAAUGCUUGUGCCAACAGCAAAGAUGCCAAUCGAGCGGAAGUCGCUCAGGGUUUUUUUGAUGAGAUGCUACGGACUGGUUUGACUCCCACCAUUGUGACAUAUGCCACCGUACUUCGUGCAUUCAAGCAUGAACCAAGAGAACGCUUGUUGAACUUGCUAGUGGACAUGAAGGACCAGAAUGUGAGAGCAAAUGCAGUGUUCGCAGAGACCUUUCUAUUCAUUUUCUUGAAGAAGCCCCCUGAGAAGGGUUGCUGGACAGCACAAAGUGUGAUUGCUUCAGAUUUGCGGAAAUUGCGCCUGGCAGACCUGCAGACGGCGAAGGACUUUAUUGAUGAGCUCAAGCACACAAAUGUCAACUUGAACAAAUCAUGCAGGCUGAUCGACGAGGCGAUUCAAUCUGUCCUGCAAGAAGCCCAUAGUGUGAUGGGUCAGAGUGUUUAA